AUGUCCACAAUAAAUAAUGACAAUAUACCGGAUAUAGACAUGCCAGCACCACCGGAAAUCUGCCUUCCAGGAACUCGAGACCCUUUGGAUCCCAAAACUCGAGAACACAUGGAUCGAUAUGUCAAAUCGUUUGCUGCACCACAUGGUUAUUUGAUAUCCGUUGGGAAGUCAUACGUUUCAAAGGGUAGAUGUACAUAUCGCUGCCAUCGAGGCGGCUUUUGCAAGACUUCAAACGACACCGCCAAGACAAGCAAGUCAUUGAAGAUCCAAUGUCCAUUCGAGCUCAAGGCCAAGCUGGACACCGAACAUCGAUAUUGGACGCUCUCCCACAUCAACACAAGCCACAAUCAUCCACCUAACUUUGAGCUUGAGUAUAUACCCCCUGAUGACAAGAACUCGACCGGUGUCGACAUAGACACCUUUCUGUACUCUCUCUCACAACGUCUCCAAUUGCUCGAUUCAACUACUCAAAUGACCAUUGUUGAAGAGAUCAACCACAUCCUUGAUAAACCACACUCGACACAUGCUUCUGUUAUCAGACCAUCUUCAUCCAAAAAGAUAGCAGAGUCUCAAGAUACCAACACAACGAUAUUGCUCAACUUGGCCAAAGUGGAUACCCUCCAUGAACAAUCUCAUGUUGCGCAAAAAACGCAUAGUGUUCCUCAUGAAAACAUAAAUGUUGAAAUACUUCAACCAUCCUUUCCAGUCGAUCAUUCUACAAAAACUCACACUACAGCCACCAAUUCAGCACCAACCAGUGUUCUCAACAAUACGCAUGAAACUGAUGAUGGCACUCCAUCAGUUCCACCACUUCCUCCGAUAUCAUCUGGACCUUCAGUACUCCACAUACAACCACCUUCCACCAGACCCGACCAAGCCGAACCAUCUGGGACUUCAGUACUCAACAUACAAGCACCUCCCACCGGAACCGACAAUACCAAAGUCACUCACAAUAAUCACAAAGUCAGCCAUAACACCAAGAAGAAUACUUCUAGCACAAAUACCUGCAGCAGCGUCAACGAGCGUCCUCGCACACGUAAACAACUACGUGAGCAGGUACCAGAAUGUUCCAAGCCUAUAACCCGCACAAAUAAGUCAAAGCGUUGA